UCGUAAAAUUGGAAGCCAGAUAACGGAUAACGUAACUUUUGGGCGUUGUGGCGAAGGACCAGAUGGCGGGGAAGACGAUGAUGGAAGGGCAGCUGCAAAUCGAACCGAUGCGUUAGGCGAAAUAGAUAUAUGUAUAUAUAUCUCCGCUUCAGACAAUGUUGCUUCCGCCUCUAUGCAACCAUCAGACCUCUAUUGCUUCGAAAACGAUUCCGAGCUUCUGCUACUUCCCGUCGCCACUUCCCAAAACCCUACCCUUGCAAAACCCUAAUAAAGUUCGUCCCAAAUUGCUUCUCCUCUGUGCUUCCAUUUCCGGCGAGGUCGAAACCCAAACCCUCCCUCAAUCCGCCAUCAAGAGAAUCGCCGACAAGCUCCGCAGCCUCGGAUACGGUGGAGACGAGAACAAGGAGGAGUCCACUGAAACCCGAAGUUCGAAUCCGGGCGAUGGCUCUCCCGGUGAGAUUUUUAUUCCUCUGCCGAGGCAGUUGCCGAAGUAUAGGGUUGGCCACACGAUUGAUCCGAGUUGGAGCACGCCGGAGAAUCCGGUGCCGGAGCCCGGGCGGGGGAGGGCGAUACAGAGGUUUCAUAAGCUGAGGCGCCAGGUUUUCAAGGAGAAGAAGGAGAAGGGGGAGGAGGGGAGAGGGAAGGUGCCGACCUUGGCGGAGUUGACGCUGCCCAAGGAGGAGCUGAGGCGGCUGAGGGCAACUGGGAUUGGGCUGAAGAAGAAGUUGAAGAUUGGGAAGGCCGGCAUUACGGAGGGGAUUGUGAAUGGGAUUCACGAGAGAUGGAGGCAUUCGGAGCUUGUCAGGAUUAUGUGCCACGAUAUUUGUAGUUUGAACAUGAAGAGGACUCAUGAUUUAUUGGAGAGGAAAACUGGAGGUUUGGUUAUUUGGAGGUCUGGAAGUAAUAUAAUACUGUACAGAGGACCUAAUUAUAAGUAUCCGUACUUCUUGUCUCAUAACAAUCUGACAAAUGAGACUUCUUCUGGUACUUCACCAAGUUCAAGCAUUGAUUGUACUUUACUUGUUAGAGAGGAAAGUGGCUCAUUUGACACGGAUGACAUAAAUUCUGGGGUAGCUCAUUCACUGGAGAAAAUGGCUCAUCAACCCUUGGUAAAGGGUGUUGGUUCUCCAGAAAGAGUACGAUUCCAACUUCCUGGUGAGGCACAACUUGCAGAAGAAGCUGAUUGUCUACUGGAUGGACUGGGCCCACGAUUCACUGACUGGUGGGGAUAUGAUCCUCUACCUGUUGAUGCUGAUCUUCUACCAGCAAUUGUUCCUGGGUAUAGAAAACCUUUCCGCCUUCUUCCUUAUGGGGUGAAACCUAAACUAACGAAUGAUGAAAUGACAAUAUUAAAAAGACUUGGCCGGCCUUUGCCUUGCCAUUUUGUGUUAGGAAGAAACAGAAAACUUCAAGGAUUGGCUGCUUCUAUGGUCAGGCUUUGGGAAAAAUGUGAGAUUGCAAAAAUUGCAGUUAAAAGAGGAGUACAGAACACUAACAGCGAGCUGAUGGCUGAAGAGUUGAAGUGGCUAACUGGGGGAACUCUGCUUUCAAGGGAUAAGGAAUUUAUUGUUUUCUAUAGAGGAAAGGAUUUUCUUCCUUCUGCAGUUUCUUCAGCAAUAGAAGAGCGGAGAAAAUGUGGUACUGAUACGGAAGAACGCAGGACGCAUAUUUCAUCAGCUGUGACAAUGCAGGAUUAUGAACUUGGAAUUUCUGAGUGCAGAUCAGGGGAUGAAUGUCAUGACAUAAAGGAUCAGGAAAGUGAUCUUGUUUCUGAGCAGAGGACACCAAUAUCCACUGAAGCAACUACUAAAAGAACUUGUAACAAGUUGCAAAUGGCAUUGGAGAAGAAAGCUAGGGCAGAGAAACUUCUAGCAGAGCUGGAGAAGGAAGAGACUCUGCAAGAAGCUGAAAUAGACAAAGAGGGUAUAACAGAAGAAGAAAGAUAUAUGUUACGGAAGGUUGGCUUGAGAAUGAAUCCUUUCCUUCUUUUGGGUAAACGGGGGGUUUUUGAUGGUACAGUUGAAAACAUGCAUCUUCAUUGGAAGUAUAGAGAACUUGUGAAGGUAAUAUGUGGUGCAAGAAGCAUUGAAGAGGUUCAUGCUAUAGCACAGACACUUGAAGCAGAAAGUGGUGGGAUAUUAGUGGCAGUGGAGAGAGUCAGCAAAGGUUAUGCAAUUAUAGUGUAUCGUGGGAAGAACUAUAAAAGGCCUGCUUCCUUGAGGCCACAGACACUCCUGAGUAAAAGAGAGGCAUUGAAGCGCUCUGUAGAGGCCCAGCGUCAUGAGUCAUUGAAACUCCAUGUUUUGAAGCUAAGCAGAAAUAUAGAUUAUUUGAAGCUACGGUUGGCUAAGGACAAAGAGACAAACAGCACAAGAAGAGAAAAAGGAUCAAAUUUUCAGUCGGCUAGAGAAAGGUUUGUAGCUGAUUCGAGUCAAUUUAAGUCAACUGAUAGUCUUGAUGCUUCACAAGGUGGUCCCGGAACUAGUCAGAAGGAUUUGCUGGGAGGUUAUUCUUUAUCAUGUCAGGAUAAGGAGAAUGGUUUUAGAAUUAAUGAGUCAGAGCUCGUAUCAAAGUCUGAACUUAACAAAAGCAAUGUUCUCACAAGUAUGAAUGGUCAAGUUGGACAUGCUGAACCUGCAACUUGCCCUAAUGAUUCUGGGGCGCAAGUUGAAAUGAGCCCUUUACCAACUACUAAUGCGGAGCUGCAUUUUUGUGACAAGGAGGCAGUAACUCCAUCUGUUGAAUCGCGGGAAAGCAGAAAGGAGUUGCCAGUUCAAAGCACUGCAGAGAACACAUCUACAGGAGUGCCUUUCAGAACUGCACGGCUUUCUAACAGAGAGCGACUUCUUCUGAGAAAGCAGGCCCUCAAAAUGAAAAAGCGACCUGUACUUGCUGUAGGGAGGAGCAACGUUGUUACUGGAGUUGCAAAAGCGAUUAAGGCACAUUUUAAGAAACACCCUCUUGCAAUAGUGAAUGUCAAAGGCAGAGCAGAAGGAACUUCUGUACAGGAGGUGGUUUUCAAGCUUGAGCAAGCCACAGGCGCAGUUCUAGUCUCCCAGGAACCCAGCAAAGUUAUCCUGUACAGGGGUUGGAGAGCGGAGGAGGAGACAAUCGGCCUAACUGAGGCCGGGAAGAAUACACAAGAUGCAAGGAAAACGGCAUCAGGCAGAGAGGGUGGGGUUGGGCCAGUUAUUUCCGCUGAGCUUAUGUCCGCAAUUAGGCUUGAAUGUGGGUUGAAUAAUAGUACCCAAAAGGAAGUGGAAGCUUAGUACAUGCUGGGAUGAGGCUCAUCACAUGGCAUGCCUUGUUUACCGUCGUCAAAGCACUAGUUUUGUUGAAGUUUUGAAUUCAUGGUAGUCAUUUAGCUGGCAAAUGCUAUUAUUGCUGGCUGGGUCAUAUUGUUUGAACAGCAGUUGAAUAUAUAAUAAGCCUGUAAAUUUUGUUUAAUAGGUUAUGGAUGUAAACCUGUGAAUUUUGUU